AUGAAUUUUCUCGCAACCAUUGUGCUUCUUGUGGUAUGCAUACUCUCGACAGCUAGUUCAACAAUUGUCCGAGAAAAACGACAAUUCCCGUAUGGCGGAUUCGGUCCUUAUGGUGGAUUUGCUCGACCAUAUGGCCCAUAUGGAGGCGGUCCAUAUGGUCCCUAUGGCCCGUACAGCCCUUACGGUGGAUUCCGACGAAGACCCGUAGUCGUUGAAAGGACCAUAAUCUAUCCAGGAUAA